AUGGCUUCAACUAAUCCAGAACUGCCAGCUAUCAGUGCCGUUGGCAACGAAGCAAAAUGCACCACCAGUCAUGAUGUAGAAUCCGAGAUUCACGAUUCAGACUCUCAUUCUCAUGUGCGAUCACGCAGCUCAAGUAUCACCAACGAAGAGAAUGAAAAGAACAAUGACCCCGAAGCCGCAAGAUCUGUAUCACGCCAAAGUAUAGAGCUUGGUCCGCCAGUCGUGGUGCCACGAUUGAAACGAAGGGGACUGCUUGGUCAGAUUACUCUUAUUGCGGAGGUUGAAAACCCGAGAACAUACUCCCGACACAUGAAAUGGUUCAUUACUUUUAUCGUCGCCCUAGCUGGAGUUGUUGCGCCAAUGGGAAGCGCCAUCUUUUUACCUUCGCUUUCUCAGGUAGCGAAAGAUUUGCAUACGAGUUCCACCCUGGCCAACCUCUCAAUUUCCUUGUACAUGCUGUCUAUGUCUAUCUUCCCCCUCUGGUGGUCAUCAUUCAGUGAACGACUCGGGCGACGAACGAUCUAUAUCUCUUCAUUCGCCAUCUACAUUGUUUUCAACUCCCUUUGCGCUAAAUCAAACACAAUCGCCAUGCUCAUUGUUAUGCGAAUGUUUGCGGGUGGUGCCUCUGCUUCGGUCCAAGCUGUGGGUGCUGGAACAAUUGCAGACCUGUGGGAUGUUCACGAACGAGGCCGCGCCAUGAGCAUCUUCUACUUAGGCCCUCUUUGUGGACCUCUGCUGGCACCCAUCAUUGGUGGUCUAUUGGCGCAGCGCUGGGGCUGGCGAAGCACCCUGUGGUUCUCGGCAGUAUUUGGUGCUCUUAUUUUUAUCUUCAUUAUCUUUGCCCUGCCAGAGACACUCAUGGUGCAAAAGCCCAUUCUACCGCCUAUGGAUGAAGAUCAGAAUGAGCCCCUUGAUCGACCACUGAGCCGCGUGUCAACCCAGCAAAUGGUCAAUUCUACGACAAGGUGGCUAAAAUUCUUAAAGAUGAGCUUUAUUGAUCCUCUGAAGAUUGUUUUCUAUUUGCAAUACAUCCCAGUUCUGUUGAGUGUGUAUUACGGCAGCAUCGCCUUUGGCUCACUUUAUGUGUUGAACAUCAGCAUUGAAGACACAUUUGGCAAAGCACCAUACAACUUCAGCACAAUCAUUGUCGGUCUACUUUAUAUUCCCAACUCAUUAGGCUAUUUUGCUGCCAGUGUUUUUGGAGGGCGGUGGAUGGAUUCCAUCAUGCAUCGGGAAGCAAAGAAGGCAAAUCGAUACGACGAAAAGGGAAGGCUUGUGUUUCGCCCAGAGGAUCGCAUGCGCGAGAACGCAUAUCUUGGUGCUUUCCUGUAUCCUGCAGCUCUUAUUUGGUACGGCUGGACCGUAGACAAGGGCGUGUUCUGGCUAGCUCCGAUGAUUGCCAACUUCUUUUUUGGAAUCGGAUCCAUGCUGAUUUUCUCCAUGGUCACUACUAUGCUUACCGAGUUCAUGCCCAAGAAAUCCUCCUCUGGCGUCGCCCUGAACAACUUCGUGCGAAACAUCUUCUCCUGUGUGGGAUCAUUCAUCACUGCUCCGAUCAUCAAUGCUAUCGGGAACGGCUGGCUCUUUACAAUCCUCGGAGUUCUCGGCUUUGCCAGUGCCUCCGUCAUCUUUUUAAUGAAAAGAUAUGGCCCUCGAUGGAGACUGAAGAUGGAUGAACGCAUGAAGUAA